GCAUAUAUAGAAAUCGUUGUUGUAACUUGUCUGCACAUAAUUCAUGAAAUAUAUAAAAGUGAUUUUGAUACAUUCGACUCAACUUUUCUAAAUCGGGCUACACUGGGUAGAAUUUUUCGGGCAUGUUUGAAAAUUGUUUGGUGCUUGAAAAUGGGAAUAUUUAGAACAACAUGCUUGGUCAGCCUGUAACCCACAGGCUUUGGUUGCUUGGACAAGUGUCAUUUUAUAACAUUGGUACUAUGGUCUAGAAAAGUGGUCCCUAAGCCAUCCAUCAAGGUCCACCAGCAUUCCUGUUUUUUCCAAAUUAAAAUCUUGAACAGUUGGUGGGCCUUGAGGACUGGGUUGGGGAUCUCUGGUCUAGAAGGGCCCAAAAAAAUCAUAGUUCUGACUUGAGGUUCCUGUCUGUGCUGGUCAGCUGAGCUGGAUUAUAGAAUGUGGCCUCCUCCACCCAAUAAUGCAUGGACUUAAAACAGGCAACCAGAUUUAACGUGCUAAAGUCCAAGGCGCCUAUUGUGUUAAAAAAAAAAAAGCUAAAUGUGUGCUCCCUUUGGCAGCACAUAGACUAAAAUUGGAACGAUACAGAAAAGAUUAGCAUGGCCCCUGCACAAGGAUGACACGCCAAUUUGUGAAGUGUUCCAUAUUUUUGCAUGGCUGAUCUUAUCAGAAGUGUUUCCAAUUUUGCCUCCGUUCAUGUGUCAGACCCCACAGCUCCUCCCCACAGCUCCUUUUGUCCAAUGGGAGGCGCUGAAAUGUUUCCUUUGGGGAGUUCUCAUCAGACACGGCUCCAGACUGAAACGCGAGAAGGCCUAUGCACUUAGGAUGGCCCUGGCUAGGGUCUCUUCACUGUACAGUGACCUCUCUCCAAUCUACAUUAGCGUUUUGUUGGCCUACAAGGGGCAUCACAUAUUUAGGGUCGGUGAUUCCGUCCGACCUUUCCCGCCUGUUUUCCCUCAACUUUUCCCGUUGUUGUCACGUUUCCGGACAGACUUAGAAUCCUGGAAUCGUAAAGAUUUCUUGUGGUUCGGCUGGCUUAGCAUUAUAAAAAUGACCCUGCUGCCUUGUUUAUUAUAUUUAUUACAAACCAUUCCCAUUUACAUUCCAUUUUCAUAUUGGAGACAGUUACAGGCGUGUUUCGGUUCAUUUUUGUGGGCUUCGGCAUGUCCUCGACUGAACUGACUUACUCUGAUGCGUCCCAAGGUGUUAGGCGGGGUGGGUCUCCCUGAUUGUCGCACAUACUAUCUGGCCUGCAUCCCUGCACACGUUCUUGACUUAUUUCAUAUUGCUUCUUCCCAAUUGUGGGUUCGUCUGGCGCAGGAUAUAUGCCCCAAAGCCCUUUCCACCCAGCCGUGGACUUGGUCUCCGGCUUCCCAGGUCUUUUCCCCAAUGUCCUAUGCUACUCGCCAUACAUUGGCUACCCUGCACAGUGUGGGUACAAACCUAUGUCUCAUUGAUCAUAACGGCCCCCUACUUCCUAUCACCGACAAUCCUGAGUUUCCACCAGCGUCUUCUGCCAAUGGCAGAUUUUUUGGGGCCUCAUUGACGGAUCCCGUUCAUUUUCACCAUGCUUUAUCUGGUGGUGCACUCAAGUCUCUAGACAUCCUCUUGGGUGACCGGCCGCCCUCUCGCGUGCACCCUUUGCCUACUUCCAGCUACAACAUUUUUACCCCCACUUUCCUGACCGCUUGUCUCUGAAUCGUAGCUUGACGCCCUUUGAGUGGUUAUUUUUGGCCUCGUACCCUUGUCACUCCAUAUUGGCCAUCUAUGGUCUGUUGCUGGCUCCCAGAACAGAGUCCCUCUCGUCCUUUUGCCGCAAGUGGGAGUCCGAGCUGGGUAAAUCCUUCCCUCCUGAUCAAUGGACUAAAUGUUUCUUCCUAACCCAUAAAGCUGUAAUUGCCACAAAAUUUCAGGAGACGAGCUUUAAAAUCCUGUCCCGUUGGUACCGAUGCUUCAUUACCCUUCUGUGCCAAGUUCUUGUUGGCAGUGUGGUGGUGACGAAGGUACUAUGAUGCACAUCUGGUGGGGUUGCCCUAAACUGGGGCCUUUCUGGAGAUCAGUCCAGCGGGUUAUCCAAGAGGUUACCAGGGUUCAUGUCCCCCCGAGUCCUGAGGCGGCCCGCUUUAUAUGUUUUCUAUGGCGCAAGCGAAAUAAAAAAAGUCCCUGGCACGUCACCUCCUCCAGGCAGCUAAAACAAUCAUUCCUAGAUGGUGGAAGAGCCCUUACCCCCCCUCCCUUGAAGAGUGGUUAAGUGAGAUUGCACACAUACGCAUGGAGGAACUCUUAGCCGUCCAGCCCACUGAUGUUACCAGGUUCGGUGCUACCUAGCUUCCGUGGUCGGCUUUUUGUUCAUUUCCGGCAUAUCGUCCCUGUGCUGAAUUCCUGAUACUUACUAUAGUGGACCAGCUGGUCUGCGUUCCAACUCGUUGGAUACGUCUGCUUUGGAUAGAUAACCCGUCGGCCUCUGCCUCAGCUGUGUUCUCUACUUGUGUGUUGGUUUGUUUUCUUUGGUCUUGUCUUCUAUUUCUAUUGUCUCUGUGGUUUGUCUCCCUGUCUUGUCUAUUGUUCUCCUAGUUCAGAGCUAGUGGUUCUCUACCAUCUAAACUUCCACCUAAGCUUAAUUCCCCUCUCCAUCUGUUGUAUAACAUUCUAAUUUCCCACAUUACCUGUAUAUCCAUACUCAGGCAUGGUGGGAGCUUAAUCUACCUGUUUUCUUUUUGGGCGCCUACUCUGACCAGUUUGUCAUAUGUAACCUUGUUAUCUGAGCUAUGUGUUAUUUCUGACCUGUCUUGAUAUUUCGGCCCACAAGGCCGCAGUUGUAUUUGUAUUGACCAAGAGUUCAUGUCACUUUUGUGUAUACUUAAUAAACCUUUUUUGAAAAAAAAAUGCUAAAUGUGCAGCAGGGGCUGCGGUAACAAUCAGGGCUGCUGCUUCUCAUCAUUGGGUGCUAUGUGGCAUUUUUAGGGGGGCUGUUCACAUCACAUAUCGGUUGUGUGCCAUAUGAUCACUUUGGGCUCCCAUCAAAAGGUGAAAUGGAAUGGAUAGUUUAAGUAGAAAGAGUUACCGGGACGGCGGGGAAGUCACAGGAAGAACCUUUACGGAAACAGUAUCAACUUCAUCUAGACUUGUAUCACUACCACCAAAGGGAGCGAACUCUAGCGGUUCGAAAAUUUCUUACCAGGCGGGAGGGAGUGGUAUGGAAAAGAAGAACCUGGUACAAAGCAGCAGUAGUUACAUCACAUCAUCAUCAUCGGCAGCCUCAGGCGGUGGCGGCGCAAGCACAAGAGUAAACCUCAGCACUUCAGGAUCGAGAUACGCACAGUCACCCACUUCUACCCUAUCAGUAUCACCAAACUCCACCUUUGAUAGGAAGGCCUACAUUUCCAGUUCUCGCCAGGCGGGGUAUGAAGGAAGUUCUAGUGGGAAUUCAUCACCAGAAUACACUAGAAAAGAAAUGGCAUCUUCUGCUACUAGAGGUCGUACUCAAAGCCGAGAAACUGAAACACGCAUUCGCCUUCAAAGCGCAUCACCCUCUACACGAUGGACAGAACUUGAUGAUGUGAAGAAACUGCUAAAAGGAGGACGCUCCACCAGCGUGAGCCCCAGCAGGUCCCCAACAAAUACCCUUCCCAUUCCUAAAAAAGCAGCAGUGGAGACAAAGCUAGUAACAGAGAGCUCGCAGUCAGUUUCAGGGUCUUAUGACACAACCAUUAUGGAAUCCGCUCUCCCAUCCUACAUGUGGACCUCCACACUACCUGCCGGAUCCUCCAUGGGCGGCUAUCACAACAACAUGGCCAGCAUGGGUUAUGGUCAUGGGUCAUCUAUGAUGAAUGCCCAAUCCUCAGGAUCAGUUUUUGGCGUCCCAAACAAUCUGGCCCCCAGCUCUCCUACCCUUCAUUCAGGAAUGAACACCUCCUCUGCAGUAUUCGGCAUGCAAAACAAUUUGGCCCCUUUAUCCUCCCAACUUGCAGCAUCAGUUGCAGCCCCUGUUGUCCAUGGCUCGGUAUUAUCUGGCAACACUUCAGGGUAUGGAGUACAGAAGAAUGUCACACAAAACACCCAAAGCUCCGGUGUAAUAAGCAGCGGUGGCACCUCUACAAGCGUUACUACCACUAAAACCCAAGGUGAUGACAUCCUCAGCAAAGACUACAAGUUCCUUCUAUUGGAGAAAGAAAAGGCCCCAGCUAAGAAGGAAGGAGACAUGCUGAUCAUGUCCAAAGACAGUGGCAAAGUCUUCACAGCCUCCACUGGUGGCAGCUCAGGUUCAUACGGUGAAGAAGUUCUAAAGAAAGAAAAACAAGGAACAACCAGUAUGGAAACCUCAUACAGAUCAGAAGCAAAUGGUGGUUUAAAGGCAACAAAAGAGAAAGCCACAUAUGCAGAAAUUCAUCGGGUUGAUGGCUUGAAGGCUGGAGCAGAUCACUAUGUGGAGAGAAGAGACGGUGGAACUGACAGCGCCUGUGGACCAUGUGGUUCUUGCUGUAAAUGGUGGAUGUGGACACUCGGUCUGAUCCUGGGUCUACUCUUCCUUCUGGGAUUGCUCUUUGGACUCAUAUCUUUGUGGCAGGACGUGAAGAAUUUGAAGGAACGUGUGGACAAUCUACAAGGCCAGGCACAGAUGGGUCGUUUGGAAUCAGGCCCGGAAUUACGCUCCAGUUCAAACCUCAAUUUGGCCAGCGCAUUGGAUUCUGCAGGCACUGACAACAGAGAGGCCAUAUGGUUAUUCAUCAGAGAUAAGAUGUCACAAGAAAGAGGAACAUUAGUUGGCCCGAAAGGUGACCCUGGACAGAAAGGUGACUCCGGGCUGCAAGGAGAAAAAGGUGACAGAGGAUACCCAGGACCUCAAGGAACACCAGGUCUUAUUGGUCAUCCUGGAGCAGAUGGACCCAAAGGGCAGAAAGGCAAUGCAGGUGAUCCUGGAAUUGAAGGUCCACCGGGACUAAGAGGAAGAGAUGGCACAGCUGGCCCCCGUGGUGAACCCGGUCCUCCUGGAAUUGGAGAAAAGGGAGACAGAGGCUCACAAGGUGAACCCGGUGUGCCCGGAUCUGCAGGCGUGCCAGGAGCUAUGGGACUUAAAGGUUUAAUGGGUCUUCAAGGUCCUCAGGGUCUUCCAGGAACCCCUGGUCAACAAGGUUUCAGAGGAGAAGCUGGACAACCAGGGCCUAAAGGUGACAAAGGAUCUAUUGGACCGCCCGGAAAUAAAGGUGACACCGGUGACAAAGGAGCUCGCGGACUUACAGGAGAACCAGGACCAAGAGGAUUACCAGGACCCACUGGAGAAACUGGAGCUAAAGGCUCAGCAGGACCUCCUGGGCCAGAUGGACAUCAAGGUCAACGAGGUGAACAAGGUCCAAUUGGACAACCAGGACCAAGAGGUCCUCCAGGAUCAUCAGGAGACCCAGGCCUGCCAGGACUCCCCGGAGCACAGGGCCCACCAGGACCACCUGGCAACCCAGGACGAGCAGGAGCUAAAGGAGAUGCUGGCGAUCCCGGAAGAGUCAGCGUCGAUGGUGGUUCAUAUGCUUUACCUGGACCACCAGGUCCACCAGGAUCUAUGGGACAACCAGGUUCACCAGGAGUUCCAGGUCCUGUUGGUCCAUCUGGCCUUCCAGGAACACCAGGUCUUAAGGGAGCAAGAGGAGAUCCUGGAGAACCUGGAGUUUCAUAUACAAGAUCAGAAAAUGCAUACCAAGCACAGCAAGUUCAAGGACCCCCUGGACCACCAGGUCCACCAGGACCCCCAGGAGCCGCAAUUCAAGGUGCACCAGGACAAGCAGGUGCUCAAGGUCCUCCAGGUCCUCAAGGCCCACCAGGUUCAGCAGGACAAGCAGGUCCCGCCGGCCCUACAGGCCCACCAGGUCCAGCAGGCCCAGCAGGAGAGGGUAAACCAGGACCCCCAGGCCCAGCAGGACCACCAGGAACUGCAUCAACAGCUGAAGGAUCUGCCGGUCCUCCUGGACCUGCCGGACCUGCUGGUCCACCAGGAACUAAAGGAGACCCAGGUGAUGCAGGUCAGAGAGGCGCUCCAGGUCAACCAGGACAACCAGGUGAUCCAGGUUCACCAGGAGUUCAGGGACCACCAGGGCGUGAUGGAGCCUCAACUGUUGGACCAGCUGGACCUCCAGGCAAUCCAGGAUCACCAGGAUCUCCAGGAGGACCUGGCAGUCCCGGCUCCCCAGGACCACCAGGAGAAAGAGGUGAAGCUGGAAUCCCAGGCGCUCCCGGUAUACCAGGAAGUUCUAGAGGCCCACCUGGUGCAAGACCUGGUACAGGUUCACCUGGCCCACCUGGUCCUCCUGGCCCCCCUGGUCCCCCUGGAACUCCUGGUGAUGCUGGUCGUGGAGCAGAAGAAGUUCAACAAUAUAUUGCCCAGUAUCUUCAAAGUGAAAAUGUCAGAAAUUACUUGAUUGGGCCUCAGGGACCACCAGGGCCACCAGGUGGACAAGAAUUGGACUAUGCAGAACUAGCCAGCCGGGUUAUGAGCUACAUAAGAGGUUCAGGAUUAACUUCAACCGAUGGUGCAGGAACAAUCGCAGGACCUCCAGUCACUUACGAAGAAAUCUUAUCCAUGUUGCAGAACUCUGGAUUGACUAUUGGCCUUCCAGGACCCCCUGGCCCACCAGGACUGCCAGGAAUACCAGGAUCUCAAUAUGGUGAUAUAACAGCUUUACUCCAAACAUCUGAAUUUAAAGGAGUUGUUGGCCCACCCGGACCACCAGGUCAACCUGGACGUCCAGGUCGCCCUGGCACCCCUGGACCCAUGGGACCCCCAGGAGCUCCAGGCACUAGUCUGACAAGCUUUAAUCGAGAAGACGUUGCCAGCUACCUGCAGAGUACUGGAUUUAUGACAGGCCCUCCCGGCCCACCAGGACCUCCAGGACCACAAGGACCAUCUGGCAAUGGUGGAAGCCUGGUUUCUUAUGCUGAGGAUAUCAGAAGUGAUCGCUUAAAGACUGAGCUAAUGGAGUACCUGACAAGUGAUAACAUUCGUAGAUACAUUUCUGGCCCACCAGGACCACCUGGGCCUCCUGGUCCUCAAGGUCUAAGAGGUCCAAAGGGAGACAGUGGAGUGAUGUCAUCAUCCGCCCUAUCAUCAGGCUCAUCAUUGUCAUACGACUCAACGUCAGGUUCAUCAUUGUCAUCCGACUCAUCGUCAUCAUCAGGAUCAUCCUUCUCUUCAUCCUCAUCUUCAUCAUUCGCAUUAGAUUAUAAUGAAGUUGCGAAUCGUGUGGCAGAACAGUUCCAGAGCCAAGGCCUCUUUGGAGAUAUGGCUUUCGGACAUCAAAGAUCUGGACCUCAAGGGCCUCCAGGACCACCAGGACCACCUGGAAUCUGUCAAGUAUAUGCCACCCAUGCAAACAUCACUACUGAUCUCAUGGAAGUUUUCAGACGUCAUGGUACCAUUCAAGGACCACCUGGUUUACAAGGGCAGAAGGGAGACAGAGGAUUCCCUGGUCCCAAAGGUGAUAGAGGGGAGCCAGGUAAUGUUGGACCACAAGGACCCAGGGGUCCAAGAGGAGAGAAAGGAGAACUUGUUAUUGGAAAACGAAAAAGAAGAAGCCUGGGUGUCUGACAUGUUCAUCUCAUUGCCAUUGACUCAGCCAACACGUUGAGAAAGAUUAGUCGGAGCUGAGAGUACAUCAUUCCUGCUCUUUUGCACUGGCUCUCCCUAAAUACCAGGAUUCGGCGCCUCUCAACGGGCACAUAUCAAGCAAUUUUCCACACAGUGUCCAUUAAUCAGAAGACCAUCAUGAAAUUGGAGGAAAAGAAAAGACGUGUAAAGAGAAUGAUAGGUCUAUUGGUGUCAGUAGUGAUGGUCUUUACGUAGUAUAGGCCAUAAAAAUAUCCACAAGGCAUUAAAAGUCAUUUUUAGUAGUCGGCAACCUGUCACGCUGGAAAUAAAGACAUGUUACAUAUAUGGGUACCAUAGGGACGGGAGGGGGGGGGGGGACGGGAGGGGCAGUAUUAUGGUAGCCAAAACAAUUGUGUUCAAGUACCUGUUACUGCAUUGGGAUUAAUCGAGGCCACUGAGAAAGUUUAUGACACCUGUAUAAGUGGUAUUAUCCGAGACCAAGACUGGAAAUCCAGUAGAAUUCUACUGACCGAGGAAAUUGGACCAAAUUUGUAUUCUGUAGUAUUAUGACAGCGGCCCAUCACACAAUCGAUUGUCUCAUCUCUAGCAUUUUAUUUAUCGCUCUCCUAUACAUUAGUCAUCAUUGUGUGUUUUUUUAUUAAACUUUGUUAAGUUUUUUUGUUUUUCUUUUAUGAUACAUCCUUUUUUAUUUUUAUUUCAUGUACUUCUACCAAUCACUGUAGGAUGGAUUAAGAGCCCCUGAGCACGUUUACAAACCCCUUUAGAUUAUUUGGGGUAGGGGGCCAGAUAGUGGCCUGCACUGAUAAGAGGGUGUGUGCAGGGUUACCGUUUUGUAUUUAUUGAUGCCAUAGGUAUGAUUGUUAACCAUCUUCUUCAUUGAGAGAAUCUAUGGUCUUUUAUGAGAAAAGCCACAUAGAACAGGGGAGAUUUCUAUUCUCCACAUGUGCCAAUACAUGACUAACCAUGUUUUCAUUCGUAGUGUUAUUUGUAACCUUUACAGGACACAAUAUAACCAUAAAGUGCUGGCCAAUAGUAUCCAAUCAGAUAUAAGCAGCAAUCUGAUUGGUUGCCACAGAAAACUCCUCUUCUGUUGCCAAUACAAUUUAUAUACAGAAGCCCACUCAGUCACAGGGCCCAAUGAACCUAAUUAAACGUCACUCCUUUCACUUAAAGGGGUACUCCGCUUCUCAGCGUUCGGAACAAACUGUUCCGAACGCAGGAGCCAGCGCCGGGAGCUCGUGACGUCAUAGCCCCGUCCCCUCAUGACGUCACAUCCUGCCCCCUCAAUGCAAGUCUAUGGAAGGGGGCGUGACAGCCGGCAGAUUUUUUUUUACUAAUACUGUAUCAUGUACUAUGUUAUUGAUUAGAUGAUGACACACAUUGUAAGUUAUUACCUGGUUCCCAGAAAUAAAGAACCGCCUCCUAGAACACUUCUACUUUGGCCAGUGAUAUCUAAAUGUUGGGGCCUAAAUGUUCAACUUAAAGAGAUUAUCCUGCAACAAAUAAAAUGUUUUCUCCUAUCCAUAGUCCCAGUGGUCGGAUCCCUACCAAUCCCUAGAACGGAGGUAAAAUGUCCCCUGUAAUGGAUGGCGUCACGCAAAUACAUCCACCAAUCUGGUCAUUCUCUAUGGGGCCUCGAAACAUUGUAGAGUGGGAUUGGUGGAAGACCCCGACUGAACAGCUAUGUUAUCCUCUUCCCAAUGGAUAGAGAUUAAUUCUAAUUGUAAGAUAUGCCCAAAGGAUAAGGGAUAAGAUGUUCGCUCAUGGGGUUCCCACAGCUGGGACCCCCCGCAAUCUCUGCCGCACCCGG